UGUGCAUGUGUAGAGGAUAAAUUCAGAGAAUAUGCAGCAACAUGCAGGAUACGGACAGUAUAGAGUGAUAUAGAACAUAAGACAUGGAGUAUAGCAAAGUCAUUAUACAGCGUAGAGUAGAGGAUAUACGGAGUAAUAGGUGUAUUCACACAAUGUCUAAGAUCCGAGCUUUCCCCACGAUGCGACUAUGCAACAGUAAUGCACCCACCACACAGUCACACACCAAUAUCCACCACACUGCUUACAAGCCAAAAAUCUCCAUCUUUUUCUUUUUCUUUUUCUUCCCUUCCUUUUCGCCUUUCCUCCUUCUCUCUCUCUCUUGAUUUCCAAUGGAUUAUAGAUCACGCCAUGUCAUUCCAUCAUGCCAUGACGAAACGGAGCCCGCCUAUGAUUCCAACUUCCAGCUUCCAUCCAUCCUAUCGACA